AUGGGCUCACUACAGAACGGAGACGGCCAGUACCAGGGCCUCGGCCAGGACUUCACUAAGGAGGUCAUCGCCUCCAUGGGGUCGGAGACGAACCCCAGACUCCGCGAGAUUCUGGCCUCAUUCAUCCAGCACAUCCACGACUUUGCUCGCGAGGUCGAUCUCACCACGGAUGAGUGGAUGAUGGGUGUCAACAUGAUCAAUUGGGCGGGGCAAAUGUCGAAUGACCGACGCAACGAAGGCCAGCUGCUUUGCGACGUCAUUGGACUGGAGUCGCUGGUUGACGACAUCACCAACAAAGUUGCCACAAAGAGCGGCACGCCAGGCACAGCAACAGCCAUCUUGGGCCCCUUCUGGCGGGCCGACACUCCCGUCCGUCCCAACGGCAGCACGAUCGCUGUCAAGUACCCCGAGGACGGAGAGGUCGCUUUCAUGUACGGUCUGUACGAGCAGCAAGAUAUCGAUCAGCCGGAGCACAACUUGCGCGGAGUCUUCAAGACGGACGCGGAGGGUCGUUAUGGAUUUUACUGUCUGCGGCCCACGCCUUACCCAGUACCGGGCGAUGGCCCAGCUGGAAAGCUUUUGGACUUGAUGCACCGCCACCAUUUCAGACCUGCCCACAUUCAUCUCAUCGUCAAAUCAGAAGGAUUCAAUUCAGUCACAACACAAAUCUUUGACGAAGAUUCAAAGUACUUGGAUGAUGACUCUGUGUUUGCGGUGAAGGACGGUCUUACUGUGAAGUUCAUCGACAGAAAAGGGGACCCCAAGGCUGCCAAGGAGCUUGAGUACAACAUCAAGUUGACUACCGCGUAA